AUGACGGAUCUCUAUAGUUUCAUCCAGUCUUUUCUAAUAUUUAUUCUCGAUCUAUUGCGACAAGGAGGAAGUUCCUCCUCAAGAAAGAUCGAAGAAACUAUGGCCAAUCAAGUUACAGUUACUCCGACCAACUCACGAAAGAGAACCCACGAAGUGUUCACUUCAUACUUAUCAUUAUCACCACCAAAUUCCACAAGAAACGCUCUUCUCACACCAUUGUUGUCAUUCACUUCAUUACUCAACGACAAUCGUACUGCCGAAAUCGUAGACCAGAGCGACGAAAUCGCGAACAUGGUCAGAGAAAACGCGGAGGAGUUGCAGAAGAAACUGUCGGAGAAAUGGAUGAAGAACUUUAAUACGGUGGAGUCUGCUGCGGAAGAAAGAGUGUUGAAGAAGAUGAAGGAAUUUGAUGUUGAAAUGGAACAGAUGAAGAAGAAACUAGAGGAGUCGGAAAAUAGGGUGAUGCAUUUGAGCUUUGAAAAGGAGAUUUGGGAAGCUAAGUCGAGAGAUUUGGAGGAUCAAAUUGCAGAUAUGAGGGCUACCAUUUUCAGGCAGGAUUGGUUAAGAAACCAGCAGGCGGCGGCGACAGAGGCGGCUGCGGUGGCGGUGGCGGAGGAGGUUGGUGAUUCGUCGUCGGUGGAGUCAAGUCCAGUGAACUUGAAGACGGUUAUGCUGACAUGUAAAGUAUGUGAUGAGGAUGUGGCGAGGAAUAUGAUGUUGCCAUGUAGACAUGUUAGUGUAUGUAAGAAAUGCGAGGAAACGACCAAUAAUUGUCCUGUUUGUGAUUUAGAGAAGACUGGUUCUAUUGAGAUCAUCAUCCCAUGA